AUGGCAGACAGCCCGUUUCGGCAGUAUCUGCCGGACCUGGCGCAGCCGCGGUUCACGACCAUGAAGACGCAGGACGCGCACGAGUAUGCGGCGGCGUUUAUGGAGGGCGGCCAGCCGCCAUGGCUCCACGGGCUGUGGCGGCACUGGCUGCGUCUGUUCCGCGAGCCGUUCAAGGGCGUGACGAGCGACGGCCGCGUGCGCGACGGGCUGUUUGCGCUCCAAGACGAGGGCGUGCCGAUCGGUGACAUUGUCGCGGCGGCCCAAGCUGUGCUUGGCCUCCUCGACGACGACCAGAAGAGGGCCACGCUGUUCCACCUGGACGCGCCCGAGUGGCGCACGUGGUCGAACCCCGAGUUUCUGCUGAGCGACAAGGGCGUGCGCUUGGACGCGAUUUCCGAGGCACAGCGGGCGGCCGUCCUGAAGGUCCUGCAAGCGUCCCUCUCGCCCGACGGCUACGCCAAGGCCGUGACGGCGAUGCGCAUCAACGGCUUCCUGGGCGAGCUGGUCGAGGCGCCCCGGAUCAUGAACGAGUUCUCGUACAACUUUGCCCUGUUUGGCACCCCCUCGGCGACGGAGCCGUGGGGCUACACCUUUUACGGCCACCACUUGUGCCUCAACGCCUUUUUCUACAAAUCACAGAUGGUGCUGAGCCCCUGGUUCACGGGCGCCGAGCCGAACCUGAUCGACGCCGGGCCGUACGAGGGCAGCCGCAUCUUGACGGUCGAGGAGGCGGUCGGGCUGGAGCUGAUGCAGAACCUGCCCCGAGACGCGCAGCAGCAGGCCCAGGUCUACAAGGACAUGCACGACCGGGCGAUGCCCCACGGCCGCUGGAACCACGACGACCAGCGCCACCUCUGCGGCGCCUACCGCGACAACCGCGUCGUGCCCUACGAGGGCGUCGUCGUGGCCGAUCUGCCCGCGGCCGCGCAAGCGCGCGUCACCCGCCUCGUCGACGCCUUCCUCAGCUAUCUGCCCGCGGCCGCCCGCGCCGCGCGGCUGGCGCACGUCCAGCAGUGGUACCACGAGACGUACUUUUGCUGGAUCGGCGGCUUUGGCGACGCCGACCCGUUUUACUACCGGCUGCAGAGCCCCGUGCUGAUUGUCGAGUUUGACCACCACUCGGGCGUGUUCUUGAACAAUGCCGAGCCGGCCAAGUUUCACAUCCACACGCUGCUGCGGACGCCCAACGGGGGCGACUAUGGCAUGGCGCUGCGGCCGUUGAUUCCGGGGCGGGAGCAGGGGUUUUUGUGGGAGGGGAUGCGGGCGUGA